GGGCGCACCACCACGUGCGUGCAGCAGACCGCAGGAAUUUGUGUGGUCCGCGCCUCCCUUCCACCGGCGCUCCAGCGGCAUCCGCCCCUUGUGGCUUCGUCGUCGUCGUCGCGCCGGUUCCCUCCCUCCUCAUCAGUCCCGCGCUCUCAAUAAUGGUAGCGUGGUGAGAGAGACCCUUCCGUCCGGCCAUCGUCGUCUUCUCCAGCGAGGGAAGAAGAUGAACUGCUCCUCUUGCUGCGCCGCCGCCGUUCCGUCUCCUCCGGUGCUUCUCGCCAGGCCGCGGGGGGGUUUAGCUGCUAGCUGCUCCACAAGAACAGAUGAGAAGGUGCUUUUCCUAGGCCCAAAACAGUUUCCACGGAUCACAUACAGCCCAGUAAGCCGUGCGUCGUCACGGUUGUCACGGAGAGAGGUAAUAGCUUUUGCCGGGCAACAACCUUGGGACCUCGGCAGAUUUUUCAAGACAUUGUACUUCUUCAACGGCCCUCCAAACCCUCUCAAGAUUGUAGAAUCUAUCAUCAGCAGUUUCACUGGACCUGCUUCUAGUGAAGCGCCAAAAAAAAUGGAAACAUCGGAUGUGGUGCUGGUUACAGGAGCCACUGGUGGUGUUGGGCGACGGGUGGUCGACAUCCUGCGGAAGAAGGGCAUACCUGUUCGAGUAUUGGCUAGAAAUGGAGACAAGGCAAGGAGCAUGUUGGGGCCGGAUGUAAAUCUGAUCAUAGGAGAUGUUACAAAGGAAGAUACGCUUGAUCCUAAGCUCUUCAAAGGCAUAAAAAAAGUAGUCAAUGCAGUCUCUGUCAUAGUGGGGCCAAAGGAAGGUGAUACACCAGACAGGCAGAAGUACAAACAAGGCAUCAAAUUUUUCGAACCUGAGAUCAAGGGACCUUCACCUGAAAUGGUUGAGUACAUCGGAAUGCAAAACUUGAUUAGUGCCAUAAAGAAUAGUGUUGGACUGAGUGAAGGGAAACUGCUAUUUGGGCUCAAAGGCAAUUUAUCUGGAAAGAUUGUGUGGGGAGCUCUUGAUGACGUUGUAAUGGGUGGUGUUAGUGAAAGUACAUUCCAAAUCCUGCCAACAGGAAGUGAAAGUAGUGAACCAACUGGGUUGUUCAAAGGGACUGUAUCUACUUCAAAUAACGGUGGGUUUACUAGUAUAAGGACAAAGAAUUUUACCGUGCCAGAGGACCUGUCAGCAUAUGAUGGUAUUGAAUUACGAGUUAAAGGUGAUGGACGACGGUAUAAACUCAUUAUACGGACUAGCUAUGAAUGGGAUACUGUUGGCUAUACAGCAAGUUUUGACACGACUAAGGGGGAAUGGCAAAGUGUUAAAGUACCUUUCUCUUCUCUGAAACCGGUAUUCCGUGCUCGUACUAUGACUGAUGCUCCACCCUUCGAUGCAAGCAACAUUACUUCACUACAACUUAUGUUUAGCAAAUUCGAAUACGAUGGAAUACUCAACCCAACAUUUACUGAAGGUCCAUUUGAGCUUCCUUUUUCGAGUAUUAGAGCAUACAUAAACGAGCCGAUCACUCCAAGGUUUGUUCAUGUGAGUUCUGCGGGAGUGACAAGACCUGAAAGACCAGGGCUAGAUUUAAGCAAACAGCCACCUGCUGUUCGAUUGAACAAAGAGCUUGGCUCCAUUUUAACUUAUAAGUUGAAGGGAGAGGAUUUGAUUCGGGAAAGUGGUAUUCCGUACACUAUUGUACGGCCAUGUGCAUUAACUGAGGAACCAGCUGGAGCCGAUCUCAUCUUUGACCAGGGAGACAACAUCACAGGAAAGAUAUCAAGGGAAGAAGUUGCCCGUAUUUGUGUAGCAGCUCUGGCAAGCCCAAAUGCAGUGGGCAAAACUUUCGAGGUCAAGAGCACUGUUCCAUUUAGUGAACCAUAUGUGAUUGACCCUACAAAUCCCCCAUCAGAAAAGGACUAUGAUGUAUAUUUCAAAGAACUCAAAGAAGGCAUCACGGGUAAAGAGGCAUUAGAGGCAACACCUGCCCAAGUUUGAAGAUAUCAUUGAAUGAAGAAUUACAUCUGCUUGCAUAAAUUCUGACACAGUAACCUCCACUCUGAAUGUCUUAAGCCAUCCUGAAAGAUAGACGACGCUGAUGCUAAAUUUUGUAGUUGAAGAUCACAGGAAUAAACUAGAUGAUACUCCGCGUGUUGCUGCGGAAAUUUGUAGUGUUGUAUAAUUAUUUGACAUUUGAUGAAACAUAAAUACAUAAUGAAUUUUAUUGUGGCAUGUGCAAAAGUCGGAAUUGUAAAAAUCGCAUGUAGUAAUCAAUGACAGAAGCCAGGUUAUAGUGACA